AUGGGAAUACAUCAUUACAUUUUCGAGCUAGUUGCUCCUACCACUGCUAUCGGUGCUGUUUUUGUUCUUCUUAUAGGUCCCAUAUUCUUUCCACGUGUUUAUAUUUGGUUUUUGUUGGCUUACUUCACAACUUUUUUAUAUAUUUCUGUAAACCAUUUUCUAAAAUUUUGUUUAACUGUACGAAACAUCAAAAAGAACAUUCGAGAUUGGAAUGCAAAACAAGAGCAGCAAUCUUCAUCACGAGAUUAUGAUUCUAAGGAAGUGGUUAAAAGUACUGCUACCAAUAAUGGAAGGAUAACUCCAACAAGGAACGGUUAUACGUCUGUAUCUGUAUCUAUGACUGAUGAUGAUAACAAAUACAGCGAGAUGGAAAGUGCGCUUAAACAAUAUGAAGGACAGUAUAUUCACGCUUUCGUUAUUCCAAAUUAUGAGGAACCAGAGCCGUUAUUAAGAGAUACUAUCAAGAGAUUGGCUCAACACAGGAACGCUACCACGACUUAUGUUGUUAUAUUGGCAAUGGAAGAGUCUGAAGUCGACCAAGCUUCAAAAGCUGCAAGUCUCAAGAGAACUUUUGAUGGCUCUUUCCGUGACUUUAUUAUAACGGUUCAUCCAAAAGAUGUCCCUGGUGAAAGUCGAGGCAAAGGUAGCAACGUCGCGUAUGCAGCUCGUGAGGCAUGUGAACUUUUGGCACGAAAGGUCGACAAACGGCACGUAGUAUUUACGAUCACAGAUUCAGAUUCUGCAAUUCCAGAACUUUAUAUUCGUCAAAUUGAAAAAGCAUUAUCAGAAUCCGAAGAUCCUUAUAAUACCAUUUGUUCCCCUCCAAUUUUCUUUUCAAGAAAUGCAUUGGAUGUUCCCGCUGCUGUGCGUGUUACUGACAUUAUGUGGUCAAUUAUGGUCAUGCAAAAUUUAAGUAAUCCCAGAGGAUUAGCAUUUCCUUGUUCUACGUAUAGUUUAAGCAUGGUUCUUGCUGAGCAAGUUGGUUUCUGGGAUACCGAUAAAGAUGCUGUUGGUGAAGAUCUACAUAUGUGGCUUAAAUGUUUUUUCAAAACUGGUGGUGUUGCUAGAUCUGUUCCUAUAUUUGUUCCGAUAAACCUUACCAACGUUCAAACUACCGGUUAUUUUUCAAAUAUUUAUGCUCGCUUUGUCCAGGCUAAGCGUCAUUACAAUGGUGUUGCCGACGUUGCUUAUUCAUUGAAAUCUGCUUUUAGUAGUGAACAACAUUCUACCACUGAUACCGAAUCACUUCUUUUGAGUUCAUCUUUAAUGCCAGUUUAUAAUCCCUCUUCUGGAAAACGACCGUCUUGUCUUAUGUCCUGUUCAUUUUUUGAUAAGCUAGUUGUGGUACUCCAUGUUCUUGAAGCUCACAUGAUUCCAUGCACGUCUGGUUGGUUAAUGUUUGCUGCAGUACCUAUAACACAAUUUCUGCUGAUAUCCACGUAUUCGCCUAUAUCUAGCUAUUAUCCAAACUUCCAAAAUCCAAUUGUUACUUCAGAAUUUUAUGCAUAUAUGUUUUCUCUAGUACAAGCAGUGGGCGUAUUAUUACCUAUGCCUUUACUCUUGUGCGCAAUGCUAUACGAAGGAUUGCAUAAGACGGUAGAUGCAGAGUUGUUUAAGAAAGGUACUAGUGAAACACGGUCGUGGAAAAAUUACAUGGAUUAUGCUUGGUUGCCUGUUAGCGCUUGGUUAUUUAUGACUUUACCAAGUACUUUGGCUUGCGUUAAAAGACUCACUAGAAGUAAUGAUAAAUAUGUUGUAGCCGCUAAAAAUAUAUUCACUGAAGCACUUACAGAAUAA